GACGCUGGUGAGCCAAGCAGAGUUGGCUUGCCGGCCUCCUCCAGCCAGCGGGGCUGCGUUGGCCUGGGAUGGGGCGGUCUGGAGCCAAGCUUUUGGAAACUGACAAGCGAAGGAAGCUGAGAGGAGCUAGAGCGCGCGCUCGGAGCGGCAGCCACCUCAAGAAAGAAAGGAAAGGGUAGAAUAGGAACGGAGGACGGGCGGCCAAAGCCCCGUCCCUGCGCCCCGGGUCAGGAUUCCUGGAUGUUGGAGUAGCGAGGACCGACGAGGAGCCGGCUCAGGAAUGCAGCGGCAGCUCCGGCCGGGCGGCUGGGAGAGGAGCCCUUUCCUGCUCCAGCUGCUCUUGUGGCUGCACACGCGGAGCCUGGCAGAACCCGCAGCCCAAGGAAUGAAUGUGUCAACUGCUGCUGAUUUAAUGCCUACAACAUCAUGGAAUGUGUCAAGUGAACUAGACAAAGAUUAUUUCUUGACACUUGAUGAGCCCAUGAACAAUAUCACCACUACUCUAGGCCAAACAGCAGAACUGCACUGUAAGGUUUCUGGUAAUCCUCCUCCAACUGUGCGUUGGUUGAAAAAUGAUGCUCCUGUUGUACAAGAACCCCGAAGGUUAUCUUUCCGUGCAACAAGCUAUGGAUCUCGAUUACGGAUAAGAAACCUUGAUACCACAGACACCGGCUACUUUCAAUGUGUGGCGACAAAUGGCAGGAAAACUGUUUCUACCACUGGGGUACUGUUUGUGAAAUUCGGUCCACCUCCGACAGCAAGCCCAGGAACAUCUGAUGAAUAUGAAGAGGAUGGAUUUUGUCAGCCAUACAGAGGAAUAGCAUGUGCGAGAUUUAUUGGAAACCGAACCAUUUAUAUGGAGUCUCUCCAUAUGCAAGGCGAAAUAGAAAAUCAGAUUACUGCUGCCUUCACUAUGAUUGGAACCUCCAGUCAUUUAUCUGAUAAAUGUUCCCAGUUUGCGAUUCCUUCACUGUGCCAUUAUGCUUUUCCAUACUGUGAUGAGACUUCUUCAGUUGCAAAGCCACGGGAUCUAUGCCGUGAUGAGUGUGAAAUUCUGGAAAAUGUCCUUUGUCAAACUGAGUAUAUCUUUGCAAGAUCCAACCCCAUGAUUCUGAUGCGCUUAAAGCUGCCUAAUUGUGAAGAUCUUCCACAGCCUGAUAGCCCAGAGGCUGUAAAUUGUAUCCGUAUUGGCAUCCCUAUGGCAGAUCCAAUCAAUAAGAAUCACAAAUGUUAUAACAGCACAGGAGCAGACUAUCGAGGGACGAUGAGCAUCACAAAAUCUGGGCGACAGUGCCAGCCGUGGAAUUCUCAGUAUCCCCACACACACACAUUCACUGCUGUGCGCUAUCCAGAGCUAAAUGGGGGCCAUUCCUACUGCCGUAAUCCAGGGAAUCAGAAGGAGGCUCCAUGGUGCUUCACCUUAGAUGAACAUUUUAAAUCGGAGCUGUGUGACAUCCCUGCUUGUGACACAAAGGACUCCAAGGAAAAAAAUAAAAUGGAAAUCCUCUAUAUAUUGGUGCCAAGUGUUACCAUUCCCUUGGCUAUUGCCUUGCUAUUUUUCUUCAUCUGUAUUUGCCGCAACAACCAAAAGUCUUCCUCCCCUCCAGUACAAAGACAGCCUAAGCACGUGAGAGGACAGAAUGUAGAGAUGUCGAUGCUAAAUGCAUACAAACCAAAGAGCAAAGCUAAAGAGUUGCCUCUAUCUGCUGUCCGUUUUAUGGAAGAGUUGGGUGAAUGUGCCUUUGGCAAAAUCUACAAGGGACAUCUUUAUCUCCCAGGCAUGGAUCAUGCUCAGCUGGUUGCAAUCAAGACCCUAAAGGACUGCAACAACCCGCAGCAGUGGGCAGAGUUCCAGCAGGAAGCCUCUCUGAUGGCAGAGUUGCAUCAUCCUAACAUUGUUUGCCUUCUUGGGGUUGUGACUCAAGAGCAACCAAUCUGCAUGCUCUUUGAGUACAUGAACCAAGGGGAUCUCCAUGAAUUUCUUAUUAUGCGGUCACCACAUUCAGAUGUUGGGUGCAGCAGUGAUGAGGAUGGUACUGUAAAAUCUAGUUUAGAUCAUGGAGAUUUUCUGCACAUAGCAGUCCAGAUUGCAGCAGGGAUGGAAUACUUGUCAAGCCAUUUUUUUGUCCAUAAGGAUUUGGCUGCUCGAAAUAUUUUAAUUGGAGAACAGCUCCAUGUAAAGAUUUCUGAUUUGGGGUUGUCAAGAGAAAUAUACUCAGCGGAUUAUUAUAGAGUUCAGAAUAAGUCCCUCUUGCCUAUUCGUUGGAUGCCCCCUGAGGCAAUUCUGUAUGGCAAAUUCUCUUCUGAUUCCGAUAUCUGGUCCUUUGGUGUUGUCCUGUGGGAGAUUUUCAGCUUUGGUCUUCAGCCCUAUUACGGAUUUAGUAAUCAAGAAGUCAUAGAAAUGGUUAGGAAACGACAACUUUUGCCAUGCUCUGAAGACUGCCCUCCCAGAAUGUACAGCUUAAUGACAGAAUGCUGGCAUGAGCUGCCAUCUCGGAGACCAAGAUUUAAAGAUAUCCAUGCUAGGCUGCGGUCUUGGGAGGGGCUGUCAAGUCACACUAGUUCUACUACUCCUUCUGGUGGAAAUGCUACCACUCAGACAACUUCUCUCAGUGCGAGUCCAGUUAGCAACCUGAGUAACACGAGGUACCCUAACUACAUGUUCCCAGCACAAGGUAUACCGCAAGGCCAAAUUGCUGGAUUUAUUGCCCCCCCAAUACCUCAGAACCAGCGAUUUAUUCCUAUCAAUGGUUAUCCAAUUCCUCCUGGAUAUGCUGCUUUUCCAGCUGCUCACUACCAGCCUACAGGACCACCCAGGGUGAUUCAGCACUGUCCUCCGCCAAAGAGUCGUUCACCAAGUAGUGCAAGUGGAUCAACUAGCACCGGGCAUGUGACUAGCUUGCCCUCUUCAGGAUCCAAUCAGGAUGCAAAUAUUCCUUUACUAUCUCAUAUGUCAAUGCAAAAUCAUCCAAGUGGGAUUAGUAUAACCGUUUUUGGAAACAAAACUCAAAAACCCUACAAAAUUGACUCCAAACAGGCAUCUCUAUUAGGAGAUUCCAAUAUUCAUGGACAUAAUGAAACUGUGAUUUCAGCUGAGAUGUAAAUAAACAAGAAUUUUGUAAAUAAAACUAUUUACAAUAUGGAAUAGAAUGCUUUAGAGGAGAUUUAUAUUCAAAUAUUUUAUUGGAGAUUUUUCUGGCUGUAUAAGGAGAUAUUUGCAGUAAGUAUCUUCUGUGAAGUUUAUUUGUGCUUAACAGGAUAGAGGUGUGAACCAGAUUUUUAAAAAUGGACUUAACACUCAACAUUUUGAGUGUACAUUUAUUUUACAUAUACCAAGGAGAAAGAAAUCUUUGUUUGAUGAGUGGUGUUUAUUUUAUUUUUUUUAAAAACUUAACUGUAACACAUUUUAUUUAAUCACAGUUCUUUAAACCAAGUAAUUUCUGUCUCAGCAACCUUAUUAGUCUGAAACCAUUUUAAUAUUUGUCAGUUUCAUGAAUGAAUGAAGACUAAUGUUGAUGACAAUUCAUUACACUCAUGUAGAAUAGAAGUUUUAUUCUUGUUUGGUCUUAUGUGGUUUGGGGGCACCGCAAGUACCUGAUCCAGAACUAGGGUGAAGGUAAACACAGUGACAAAUUUGCUUUUAUCUUAUUCUGAUGGCACACAUUGGGCAUUGACUUGACUGUUUUUUCCCCUUUAAACACCACCACAAAUCAGAAAUUUAAUGGCUGUGCAAUAUCAAAUCAGAAUGACAGGUAAUUGUUUCCUUUUUUAGACAAGAAUAUUUGUUCAGACAUACUCAGUUUUGAGUAUGUAAAUAGUUCCUAUCUAGUGAUGCACCUAAAUUCAUGCAUAAGCAAAAAUCAUAAAAUGUGCUCAUGGGCAGAUGAGGUUGUACGGGCAAUAGACUCUUAGAAUAAAAGAACCCUCAUGGAAUUGCAUACGAUACACGAGUGAAAAAUUAUAUUUGACUUUAUAUCUAUAGCUGCAAUAGAAUUUUUGUAUCCCUUUGUUGCUAUGCAACCCUUUAAUUAAAGAAAGCUCUAAAUACUUAUUUUAUAACAGACAAUCAGUUUUCCCAAGAAUAUUUAUUAUUUCAGGUAAAAUAAAUAGCUUUUGUAGUGAUAACCCUGAAAUGGGAAGCCUACAUUCCAUCAGAUGUACACAACCAUUUUCUAGAAAUUGUCUAUGAUACCUUUUGUAUAUCAAUUCAAAUAAUGUGAAUUAGAAUUAACUUUCUACUGUAAAAUGGCAUUUUUAUUACUGAAAUUUAUUCAGGUGUAAUCAGUCUAGAUUUAUUUUGAAACCACUGUAAUGUUUGAAAAAAUACUGUGUAAAUUACAAGCUUUAUU